AUGGCGACAGACCAGCUGCACUGUCAUCGAAAGCGUGACUCAUGGGCAAUGAACAUCUCAAGAGAAAGGAGUUAUCCCACACCCGUGUCAAAUCUGGGUGCAGCUCACUUUGAGACUGGUGACUACCAAUCAUGCAUCCAGGCCUCCCUGAAGGCCCUCGAGCUCAUCAGAGAAGAGCCAGACGACGACCAAAAGAGACAGAAAGCCUUCCGCCGGUUGACGAGGGCGUACAGCCACCUGAAGGAUGCCGGCAGUGCCCGACAAUGGGCGGCCAGGAUCUCCUUGCAGCAUGACGGAGAAGCCGAAUUGUCCUCACUCAAGCUGAGCCAGAGGCACUACACUAGAGCGGGUCAUGGUGAUGGUAAGGGUGAUGCAAAGUCGCACAUUCUUGCCCUGCCGCGCUUCAUGCCUCCCAUGCAACCUAAGGCCGAGUAUUUCGCUGUUGGUCAUGACGGAGUUCGGGAGGAGUUCGAGUACGCUUUCGGCCCAAAACCUGAUGAGAAGGUCUCCUUGAUGUAUUGCGGCGUUGGUGAUGCUCGGAAUCUCUUCCAGCGAAUACUGGUGUGCACUGCCGUGAUUGCUCGAGACAUGAUCAUCUUCCACCUGCUCGACUUGUACGCCAAGACACGAAAGAAAGACAUCGCCAUUGCGACCGCUCACAUCUACUCGGCUCAAAUCUUCCCGGUUCACAUUUGGAAGCUGGUCAACCUUCGCGCCAAGCGAGUCCGAUACGGACGUCAUGAUGGCCGACGCCAGGUUCUGGACCGUGACCAACAGGGCACCGGCGGAUCCCUGAUACGACCUCGGCACACUGGAUGUGAUGAAUAUGGCGGCGGCCGCAAAGCUCAGGUCGGGGCCGAAAGUCGCGAGGGCCACCCUCGGCAUGGACAGUGCCCAGUACGAGGUCGACGGCGUCUGGGGGAGGAAGAAGACGGGUCCCAUGGCGAAACACACCAUGCUUGCAGUGAAGAUCCAAUGACCGGGAAAGAUGUGGAGCGUCUUGGAGACUAUCCAGGCCGCCAGCACGCCAACGAUGGCGUUGGAAUUGCCAUCCGCCGCCUGAUUAAGAAUAUGGAUCAGCAGACUAUCUUCAUCCGAAAAUUAUACUGUAAGACGGCAGAGUACUCACUGUAUCCUCCAAACCCAAGAAAAUAUGCCACCAACAACGGCACAAAACCGGGGGUCUUCCAGAGCCCAUUCGGAAUCAAGGGAC